CUCCAGUCGGCGAGAGCAAGCCAGGUCACAUUUGAGAAGGAGCUGCUUUCAGGAGGACUUGUCACCCCCAAGAGCAUAGAGAUCAUCUCGCUGCCUCUGAAUUGAGAUCAUUCUUCCCAGAAUGGAGAAGAUGGUGGUGAAGAUACUGAUCAUGUUUGUUCUUGGAGCGCAUUUCCCAUCUUGCGCAGGUUUUCCCGUGUACGACUAUGACCCGUCCUCCCUGCGGGAAGCCCUCAGUGCCUCUGUGGCAAAAGUGAACUCCCAGUCUCUGAGCCCGUAUCUGUUUCGGGCGUUCCGAAGCUCAGUAAAAAGAGUGUAUGUUCUGGAUCAGGACAGCGUGAACAUGGACCUGGAGUUUGGCAUUCGGGAGACAACAUGCAGGCGAGAUUCCGGAGAAGACCCCGCAACCUGUGACUUCCAAAGGGGCUACUACUCGCCGGCAGCUGUUUGCAGAAGCACCGUGCGGGUGGUGGCGGAGCAGGUGCAAGACGUGUGGGUUCGCUGCCAAUGGUCCUCCAGCUCGGAGUCUAACAGCAGCGAAGAGAUGUUUUUGGGGGACGUAUUGGGAUCCUCUCAAUGGAGAAACAACUACCUACUUGGUCUCAUUUCUGAAAAACCCAGAAGUGAACAAUUCCGUGAACGGUCAGUUGAGAACCUGAGAAGGAUCUUACCUCCCGGGAAUCGAGGGGACCCGAACAGGUGGCACAGACUUCAGGAAUAAACAGUGGCUUUGAGUAACGGCCUUGAGCAGAAUGCAUCGGAAAGAAUAGAAGUUCCAGUGAAGAAAGAUACUCUCUGAAUUAUGUGAUUUUUCUUUUGAUUGGUUCCAGUCCUUAAUAAAUGUUUUACUCUUCCUCUUUU